UUCCGGGGGUCGGCUGGCUGUUAUCUGCCGAAACGAUCGAUGCCCGCCAUUCAGCAGCACUCUAUUGUGGCUGUGUUUACUUUAUUUGGCGCUGGGCGACUAGACUGACUGCCUUGCCGGUGCGUUCCAUACAUUACCAUGAAUGUAUUUAGGCUGCAGACCCACCGGCGAAUCGUACUAUCGGCGGUUGACAUGGAAGUGCAGGAAGGCGGCGGUAGUAGUAGCGCGGGUACUAAGGGGGAGGGCGGCGAUGUGGCAGGCGGUGGGGAGGGCGCAAGCGGGCCCCGCGAUCACAACAACAAACCAUCGGGAGUUAUCGAAGUGGAAAGAAAGUUCAGCUUUAGCGAGGGGAGCGAGGAAAAGCUCAGAAAGGCCGGAGCCGUCUGCAAAGAAGAGUCGUCGUUCCACGACGUGUAUUUCGACACAGAGGAGUUUGUGUUAACGCUAGCAGACCACUGGCUAAGGAAGAGAGAGGGAAGGUGGGAACUGAAGUGCCCGCCUGCUAGCAGGGACCGUGCUAGUCUAGUGGAACAGUAUGUCGAGCUACAGCACGAGGCCGACAUCCUGAAACAAUUGGCGGCCAUUUUAAACGUGCGAGCGGGAAGCGUGGACGAGUUGGUGCGAAGGGCAAGCUGCGAACCGUUCUGUAACUUCCAGACCGACAGGAAGACCUACACUCUGGAGGGAGGCUUCAAGAUCGACCUGGACCAGACCGAUUUCGGCUUCAGGGUCGGAGAAAUCGAGCUCAUCUGCCAGAAGCAAGACGACGUCCCCGAAGCGCUACGCAAGAUCGACGCUCUCGCCGAAAAACUAGGUUUCGUGAGCAAGACAAAGAUUCCUGGGAAGAUGAGCGCUUUCUUAAAGACAUUCCGAGAGAAACACUACGACGCCUUGGUGAAGGGGGGACUCCUUACGCCCAUCACAUGACCACUGUCAGCCAAUCAGAUCGCUAUCUCCGUAUCCUUCCGACGAGACCUGUCAACCUUGUCAGCCGAAGGGCAGCGGAACGUCAACUCAGAGAUUGGAGCUGUCAAUCAAGGGAUCGUUGCCUGGCAACAGAAGAUGAAGAAAAUUACUUGGUGUCAUGGAAUGACAUCUCUGCAGAUGAUACAUUUUUUUUUUGUUCUGAUGGAUUUGCCAAAGUUUUGCAGAGGAGGCAUAUAAAUAUGUAGAUUUGGAAAGAUAGUUAGAAGGAAAAGCCAUCAAUUAAUUUCUGGAAAUGGAAUUGUUCUUUACAAUCAGAGUGAGAUUUUCUUCCGUAAAAAUAUGUUGUUUAGGGAAAACAGUAUCAAGAAAUUCCUUGAGUGCUGUGAAAAAUCUCUUGAAAUCUAACCACAGCCUAACAUGUGUAAAGUAGUGCCUUACCUUGGUCCCUUUGAAUGCUUGUGCCUGCAGUACCAUUGUGAUUGCUAGAGGGCUCUGCCUAACGGUUAGUUGUGUGUGCACUCAAGCAUAACAACAUGCAGUGUACUCCAUCUAUUGUAUCAGCUCUCUGUCUUCCAAAUGUUAAUGUACAAUACUGUAUCUUUCUCAAUCAGAACAGCAGCCACUUUGAAUUGUUUUGAUUGUAUUUGGUCAAGUAAAGCUUUCAGUUCAGUCUAACACACUUAAUUGUAAACAGGGCAGGUGACACAAAAGAGCCUUACAAAAAACACAAUUCAUUUAUUUAUCAGUAAUUGGCAUCUAUCUAAGUUCUAGUCAGAACAUUUGGCUUUGCGGACACUUUUAUUAUUGUUUUAUCAAGUAAAACUUACAGUUAUAGUCUUACACACCUCAAGUCAUGAUUUUAAAAAAAACAGAUGUAAAAAAAAAAAACACAAUUCUUUCAUUUUUCAAUAAUUGGCAUCUAUCUAAGUUCCAGUGUUUUUGCUCCCAGAUAUUUGAGAG